UACUGAGAUAGGUUUAGAUACAGUCAUAGCACACUUCUACCUUACCGAUGCUAACUCCGACCUUCAAUGUUACGCCUUCUCCAACCAAUUUCAACUUUCAGAGCAUCAAUCAUCGCCAACAUAGUACGUCAGUUGCUCCCAUCGCCGACGAAACAACCCACGAAAUGAAAACGAGAAGUCGAAGUAGAUGAUUUCGAAAGCAUAAUACUUCACCCUCGUUCUUAUCCCUUCCCUUUCCCUUCCCUUGGGUUCUUCAGCAACUCCGACAUGUCCUCCGAAGAACUGAACCCUCUCGCCGAAUCCGGUGUCACGAUGCACUCCGACAGCGAACAAUAUUCGGCUGGCGAGGACAUAUCUACGUCGCCGCCUUCUUCUUCAUCCCCGCCUAUUGUUCUGUAUAAACCUCCAACCGUUUGGUCUAUGCUCCGAGGUGCGGCUAUUAAUUUAUUACUACCGUUCAUUAACGGUAUGAUGUUGGGAUUUGGCGAGUUGUUCGCACACGAAGCUGCUUUUAGGUUAGGAUGGGGAGGUACAAGAGUCUUCCCUAUUUCCCGACAGGGAGCUCACCCGAUCGGCCCGGGUAUCGAGAUUCGUGACCGACCGAAACCACGAAGAGAAUUACAAGAUCUUACAAGUUUGGAGUGAUGUAGUUCGGAUCAUCUUGAUAUCUGUACGUUUACUUUAUGGUAGAACCAAAACAAUGAAGGCAUACUAGGGGCGGCGCACGUACUCUACUUUCAACAUGGGGAUACCUAUGGGAUUAGAUCGGUUGGUGGUGAGGAAGAGUCAAGGGAAGCCAAAUAAAAAGGAAAUGGUACUUGUUGCAUAUUGCUUGUGGUUUUGUAUAAAUCCUCAGUUCUAUGAGAGUAACCCGUAACUACAAGAGGCUAUAAGCCCUGAAUGAGAAAAUGCAACGCGGAUUUUGUUACGAGUUUUUCUUAGAUGUCGAUAUCAUAAGGUGUACCUCUUAAGUAUAACUUGGCAUGUAAUCUUCAGGGCUGUUUGAUUUUACAUUAAUUAUCUCGACUAUCAUAGUAUGGCAUACAUAAUUGCUUCAUAAUAGUAUAAAUUAAGCUAUGUAGAUUAAAGUAACAAAUCGG